UGGCUAGAAAUUUCAGGCACAGCCGUAGCCAAACCUGCGCGUGCCUCACUUGCAAAAUUUGCCGCUUGCGUGUUCAAAUUAUUACGUCUGCGACUUCCUAGAAGACUGCACUCUCCCCGCGCAUCGGACACUCGGUUAAUCUUUUAGGUCAAAAUCGAUUCGCUAAAAACAUACCCUUGCAAAUUGUAGCUUAACUGUAAUCACCACAAAGCAGAUCUUAUUAGGAUGACGUACUACAGCUCCAGUUCACGCUCAGUCAGCGGAGGAUAUGGAGGGGGAAUUGUCCUGGGUCGCAGCGGAGCAGCCAGCGUCUAUGGUGGCAGUAGCUGCCAGAUUUCUUCGGCCAGCUUUGGUCGGGGGAACUUCGCGGGAGGCGGCGCGGGUGGGUGGGGGAGCUCACAGUUCAAGAUGAUCGUGGGGGGACAAGGCGGCGGUGUGAGUGAAAAGGUGGAGAUGCAAGGCCUGAACGAGCGUCUUGCCGAAUACCUGGACAAAGUUAAAUACCUGGAAUCGGCAAACCAGGCCAUAGAGCUCAAAAUCAAAGAGAUGCUGCAAGGCAAAGGGUCCACCGCAAAGGACUACAGUGUUUACUAUUCCACUAUCGAGGACCUGCGGGAAAAGAUCUUUGUCCAAAUAUUGGAGAAUGCAAAAAUCAGCCUGGAGAUAGACAACGCAAGAUUGGCCGCAGAUGACUUCCGCAGCAAGUGGGAGACGGAGGCGGCACUGCGCAUGUCGGUGGAGACGGACAUCGGGAACCUGAGGGGCCUCCUGGACGAGUACGGGAUGGCGUGCAUGGGCCUGGAGGGCGACAUCGAGGCCCUGAGAGAGGAGUUGAUCUUCAUGAAAAAGAACCACGAAAAUGAGCUGGCCGCUCUCAGGGCCCAGCUGUCCGGCGCCAACAUGUCGGUGGAGGUCGACAGCACCAGGGGCCAGGACCUCCACAAGAUCUUGGACGACAUGCGGGCGCAGUACGAGGGCUUAAUCGCCGUGAACCGCGCCAACGCAGAGAUGGCCUUCAACAAGCAGGCGGAAAGUGUCGUGGUGCAAGGUGCACAGCAAAGUCAAGCUGCAUUGGCCGCCCAGAGCGAGAUGUCGGAGACGAGGCACGCCAUGCAGAGCCUCAUGACCGAGCUCGAGUCACUGCGAGGCCUCAUUCGCUCUCUGGAAGAUCAGCAGUACGAUACGGAGGACCGCAAUGCCCGCGACCUGGCAUCCUACACCGUGCAUAUCCAGAUGCUGGAGGGAGAGCUGGGUUCCGUGCGAGUGGGCAUCAACCAACAGCUGAAGGACUACGCAGAGCUGCUCAACAUGAAGAUGAAGCUUGAGCAGGAGAUCAGCACCUACAGGAGGCUUCUGGAGGGAGAAGACAGCCGGCUGAAGAAUAUCUCCUCGGAAUCUUCGCACUCGAUGCAGUCGAGUUUCAGCUUUGGUGCUGGUCACAAAGGAGUGACAGAGAGCAGCUCCAGCUACCAAAGUUCAAGUACCACCGGGUCCAGCUCUGGCUCUGGGGCUGCUUCAUCUUCCGUUUCCUCUGCCACAAAGAGCGCAGGAGGAUCCAGCACCACAGGAGGAGCCAGCACUGCCGUGACAUCCAACACCACCAAGACCACCAGCCAGACCAGUUCGCUUUCAAGUGACGGCGCCUCUAGCGCCGCUUCUAAUUCCGUUGUCGUAGAAAACGACGCGUCGAGCUCCAGCUCCACGACCAUAACCAGCUCCUCCACCACCAAGGAAGUUGUGAAAGAACCAGAACCCAAGCGAGAGGAAGUCAAGAGAACGAAAACCGUAAUCAUCACUCAGACCAUCGUGGAUGGGAAAGUGGUGGAGUCAACGGAGGAAGUGGCUGAGAAAACCCUGUCCGACUCAACCGAUGCUUAACAUGGCACUUAGAUACUUCACAAAACGUAAUUCCCCAAAACUUUCCAGCCCAGCUUACAUGUCUCAAUACUAAGCGGCAUUAAUUUAAUCAGCUAACACGUUAUGAAAAUGUUAAUUGGAUUUGAAAUUGUAAUUCUAAACACACCUGUUUACGUACAGUACUGUAUAUGUGUACGCAUUGAUGUGGGCAUAUAUCUCAGCCAUUGCCAGCAAAUUAAAUACCAAGGACAAGUGUUAACUUCUUAAUAGAGUUCACAGAGCACAUUGGUAAGCUUUUUUGGAUUGAUGUGUUCAAUGAAAGUUGAAUGCGUAUUGCGGUUUACAAAUGGAGGCUCUAUAUCCCUCAUGCUUUUGGCAAACAAAUACACACGACACAAGUACACACAACACAAGUACACACAACACAAGUACACACGACCAA